CGGUUGUAGGGCUCGUGCGGGUGUCGGAGCCUGGGCGGCCUGAGGGGCGCGGAGGCUCGGGGGGGAGGGAGACAGCGGCAGCAUGGCGGCCGGGCACGAGCCGCCCAACCCUCCUCUUCCGCACUGUCGCCGCCGCCGCCGCCGGAGUCGCUGGGAUCCCUCAGUGUGUGAGUGUUAGUUGUCAGCCCGCCGCCCGCCCUCCGCCCUCCGGCCCUCCGGCCCGAUACCGCCACUGCCAGCCUGAGGGUCGGGCCGGCCGGAGAACUCGCACCCCACCCACCAGCAGCCCGCCGGCCGGGACCAUGGAGGACGUGAAGCUGGAGUUCCCCUCGCUCCCACAGUGCAAGGAAGACGCCGAGGAAUGGACCUACCCUAUGAGACGAGAGAUGCAGGUAAUCGGGCUGUUUUGUUCUAUCUUGUGCUGCUUUUGAUAUGUUUGAGGUUUUAUGUAAUUUCAAAGGAAAUUUUACCUGGAUUGUUUUUAGGCCCAUAUUCUUCUGCUAUGAAAAGCAAGCUACCUAUACUACAGAAACAUGGAAUAACCCAUAUAAUAUGCAUUAGACAGAAUAUCGAAGCAAACUUUGUUAAACCAAAUUUUCAACAACUAUUUAGAUAUUUAGUCUUGGACAUUGCAGAUAAUCCAGUUGAAAAUAUAAUACGUUUUUUCCCCAUGACAAAAGAAUUUAUUGAUGGGAGCUUACAAACUGGAGGCAAAGUUCUUGUCCAUGGAAAUGCGGGGAUCUCCCGGAGUGCUGCCUUUGUUAUUGCAUACAUUAUGGAAACAUUUGGAAUGAAGUACAGAGAUGCAUUUGCUUAUGUUCAAGAAAGAAGAUUUUGUAUCAAUCCUAAUGCUGGAUUUGUCCAUCAACUUCAGGAAUAUGAAGCCAUCUACCUUGCAAAAUUAACAAUACAGAUGAUGUCACCACUCCAGAUAGAAAGGUCAUUAUCUGUUCAUUCUGGUACCACAGGAAGCUUGAAGAGAACACAUGAAGAAGAAGAUGAUUUUGGAAAUAUGCAAGUGGCAACAGCACAGAAUGGCUGACUCAAAACAACAGAGAGAGAAUUUCUUUCAGAAGGAGAAAUACUAAAGACAAUAAUAAUGUAAAAUGGUAAAAACCCAGUCGUUUCAUUGAAUUAUAUGUUGCUUCCAGAUGUGUUUCUCUGCAACUUGGAUGGGCAGCGACAUUGAAGAUGUUGGACUUCUAUAAUAGAUGGCACUGAUGGUUUUACUCCCUUUUUUUUUUUAACUUUACAGUUUUAUUAUAAAACAAGAAUUUUGGACUUGCGAAGAGGUAUUAUUGCAAUAAUGCACUUUUCAUACUUGAAAUUUAUUUGUAUGAUAGUUAUUACUUUAAAGAAAAUGCAAUUUAGGGGGAUUUGUUUAUAAAAUCUGGGUAAUUUAUAACAAGAAUUUCCUAAAGUUUGCUAAAAAUUCAUUUUGUGUUCUAUAUGUUACAUUUAAAAAAUAAUUUUAAAGUUCACUUUUAUGAUGGAGCCUCUUACAGAAACAUUAACAAAUGCAGGGAUCUGCUAUAUUCUUUUUGGUGUAAUUUGAUAGUUUAUUUCUUUUGAACUUCUCGAUCCCAUAUUAAUAAUCUUCAAAUCAUGACAUUAUCCAACUAUUUUCCUUUCUUACGGUCUUUUUGUUUUAAAGAGAAAAAAAACCACAAAGUUUAAUGAACUAAGGAGGACGUUUUGCUUAUAGUACUAGAUGCUACAAAACAUGAAGAAUUUUAGAUUUUGUGACUUUCUUUGCAUUUCUCAAAAAUCUAAAUGUUCUCAUUAGAGUUUCUUAGUCCCUUUUUUGGUUCAAAAUGGUUCUAAGUAGACUAUAAUAAACCAAUGUAGCACUAUUUUUUUCCUAAAUGAAGCCCAAAAAAGAAAAGUGCCUUGCAUCAUUAAAAACAAAUAAUCCUCAUGACCUCUAAAUUAGUAUGUAGAACAGUGAAACGUAUUUAACAUUUUUCUGUUAAUUUUUUUUCAACCAUAAACUUAGUUUAAACAAAGUGUGAGGUUUAAAGAAACCUUAGUAAAUUAUUUGGAAUAUGGAACAUUUACUCUUCCAUUUUAUGUUGUCUUAAUGAUUCUGUGAGAUUGUUCUGGCUCAGACAGAAGUUUUUCUUUGAAAAUGCAUUUAAUGGGGAAAGUGAUUUGUGGGAUACUGGUGUAGUUUAAAUUGUUAAAGUCUUUACAGAGUUCAUCUAAAUUUCCCCCAAGAUUUGCAUUAGCAAAGUCACUUUAUGGAUCCUUGGUUCUCCCUAAUUUUUAUUUAUAUAAAAAAUUAUUCUAAGAAAAACAUUUUUGCUAUUUUAAGUAUAAUAUAUGAGGGAGGAAAAGGAGUGUUUUUUAACUUUUUAUAGUUGAUUUAGUGUAGCACAAACAAAAUUACUUUGUAUCUCACUUUUCUCAGUCCUCUCUUGAGGUGCUUUACUGAUGGGAAUGAUUUCCAAACAUUCCCUUGAUACCAAGAGGUACUAAGCAGUGUAACUUUUUACACCAAGUUGCUUGCUUUGCUUUCCUCCCUGAAAUGUAAUAAUACGGUAAAAAGGUUUAUUUGGGUGUUUUUUCUUUAAAUACAGCACAGUGGGAGAGUGGAAAUGAACUAAAAUUUCUUUGUUAAUUAAGAGUUAAUUCGUAUUGACCCAGGUGGUAUUGAUUCCUCUUCUGAUUUCCGUUCCCUUUCCCUGUUUCACCACCCUGAGAACAAGAUAUUGCUAAUCCCAGUGUGGUCUAGUAUUCUGUUGUGUGAUUAGAUCAUUUGGUGUGGUGGUCUAGUAGAGUCAGGAUUUACAUUAAGUGUUUAGAAAUUCCAACUGGUAAAAUAUCAGAUAACAGCUUUCUUGUAUAUAGAUCACUAUUGGGUAGCAAAGAUCUUUUUUGCAGUGUAAUAAUCUAUGAUGUUUUCUUAAGCAGAAAUUCUGCUUAAAAGAAUCUUCAUUAGUACAUUUAGAUUUUUUUAAUGAGGCAGUUAAGAUUUUAAAAAUCUUACACAUACAUAUCCUGUUGUCUGGCCAAAAAUACAGAUUCGCUAAUUAAUUUACAGCUGGUAAUUUUCCAUUUUUUCUAAUGUGUAACCUUUAUGUUGUCACUGAAGUGCCUGCCCAGCACUAUAUAUUCAAGUAGUCUCUCACAAACACUAGAAAAAUGGACUAUUAUCUUGAAUACAUCACUAAUGUGGAAAAUACAUUGAAAUUUAUUCUUUAUAUAGUAAGAACAUUGUGAGUUUUGUCUUGAAUUCAUUCUUCAAUCCAAUGUUCAACUGGUUACUCCUAUUAGGUUUCAUUUCUGUAAUUUAUUUCCACUAAUGUUUUUUGAGUUUACUAUAACAAUUUUUUUGAAUCAUGACUUAUUUUCCAAGAUUUUGAAUGAUGUAUAACAUAGCACCUAAUUUUAAAUAUUAAAUAUGUAACCUGGGCACAGAUUUUAAAGUGUUGCAUCAAAACAUUAGGGAAACUGCUAUACCGUCCAUAUUGGAAGUAAGAACCUCUAAUACUGAAAAUAUUCAAAUGGAAUGGCAGUAUUCCUAAUUAUAAUUCAUUGGUUCAUAUUAAUUUUAUCUAGUAGAUGUUUUAACAGCAGUUAACCUUUAUUUAUAUCUUUUACCCUAUGGUAGAAAUGUUAAACCAUGAUAGCUUUUGCUACCAACUCUCAACCACUUUUAGAGGAGAAUAUUUAUUUCAUGAGGGUUUUGUGCUUCAUCUGAAUUUAGAAGUAAUGUUGGAAAAUGUAAAGCAUGUCCUUUUAAGAAAAUAUAAGUUUCUUAAUUGUCUUAUUACCAAGGUGAUUCAAGUGAACUAGAAGUAUUUAAUGGCAAUCUUGAAUUAGAAAGUUGGGAUGUAUAUCUCUUUCUCUCUAUAUAUAUACAUAUCUGGAUCUCAACUUGAUGUAAAGUAAAUGAGCAGUUACCUGGCGGAUUUUUUAAAAAUCAACUUUAUCCAUAAUUCCAUAACAGCUUCACUUACUUCAAUAUUAUUUUUUUUCCCUUUGUUCAUUCAACACUGCUCCAGUGAGGAAAUAAUAGGAAAUAGUUGAGAAUUGUUUUAAAUUUUUAUUUUUUGAUUAGAAAAAUGUUUCUAGGGUCUUAUGGAUGCUGGAUUUUUUUUUUUGUCUUACCCAUUCAUGGCAGCUAAAAAAAAAAUCACUCAAAAUAUUCAGGUUUACAUGUUAGCUCUCUCAUUGGGAGUUGUCAUACCUCACAGUUCAAAGUGUAUUCUAUAGAUCAGUAACAUUAUACUGACAUGUAAUUGCAAUUUACUAUGCAGCAAAAAUGAUUCAAGAAUAAAAAUAACCUACAGUGUCUAUUUAACUUUGUAUAGGCAAUUGCUUAAGUUACUCUGCUUUUAACAUUUGUACUUGGAUACAAUGCUUAUUAUGUAUGUAUAGGAAUGUCACAGUGCAAGAUGCUGCUAGCCCAGGCACAAAGUAUUAAAUUAUUUUGUGAA